ACUCCUUGUGGCGCUGGACAAAUGUACUGCGGAGGAUCAGGCAACCAGUGCGUGGACCGAUUGCAAACUCUGUGUAACGGCGUCGUUCAAUGCCCGCUUUAUGAUGCAGAUGAGAGCAUCUGUGGGGAAUGUCCUCCUACUUAUUGUAUCAACGGAGGUGUCUGCUAUGUCGAUGAAGUCACGUCCGCUCCAGAGUGCAGAUGUUCACCCCCGUACUAUGGCAACCGCUGCGAGCUGCACGCCGAGGGCGGACUGAGCGGCGGUGCGAUAGCUGGCAUCGUUAUCGGCGUGCUUCUCUUUAUUGCCCUCCUGAUCGCUGUCGCUAUUUCGCAAAGGCAUCGAUUUGCUCGGCCGAACAACAGCAGUAACUUGCUGUCAGCCGCGGACCUGGAUGCGACAGACGACACCGCCUACAUGGGACCUGACUUACCGCUACACCACCUGAGCGACCUCGCAGACACCAACUCUGCCAAUCUUAAGAACAAGACUCCUUCUGAAGGUAGUAGAAGUCAUCACUCUCAAAGCCCGAUCAAUUUCGUGAUCGGUAGCUCUGCAGCAAAUAAACUAUUCAAGAAGACACACCCACCUGCCAAAUUCUAUGAGAAUGAAAAUUUUGUCUUCGGUGAAGAACUUCAAACGAAUAUUGCUGAUGAUACGGUUACCGGGGAUGUUGGAGCUGUUAUCAAUGAUGAAGAAGCUGUUGCUGCAAAUUCAGCAGUAGACAUUAGUAAACUGAAAACGAAUUCCUGAACGAAUGUUCGCUCGAUGUAAAAUAUUCCUAUUACUUACAUUUUGAUAUGUCUAGUUGUAAAUACAACAUUGAAAUAAGUAGUGCCAAUUGUAAAUGCUAGACGAUUAUCCGUAAAUGUACUAUGCCAAUAGUAUUACGACAAAUUUUCAUUAAGUCGGAUACCGAACAAAAAUUUUCUGUCGAUACCAAGGAAUAUUUUAGCGUUGAACUAAGUUUUCUGCACACCCUAUUUUUUUGAAGAGACAGCCUGAAUAAGAACUUCAAGUUUUUGAUCGGACACUUAUUUUGGCCUGAUACUUUUUGGCGAUUGCGAAUUAGCAUUUAUCGAAAACUUAGUUAUUUUCGAUAUCGACUUUUCAUAAAUGUUUAGCGAACGAUAAUGCAGAUGCUCAGUCAAAGAUGAUUUUGCAAAGA